AUGGUCGGAGAUGGACCGUUGUCUUCCCAGUCUGGCAAGCGCGUCGACAAGAAUUUCCGUCGCUACACGUCAGCAGUCGAGAGGGCACUAUCGCUCUUCGACACCACGCUUCAGGAAUGGGCUGACUAUAUUGCCUUCCUCGGACGCUUGCUGAAGGCAUUGCAAACAGUGCCACAAGGAACGCACGAGAUUCCAUUCAGUCCAAUUGUAUCCAAGAGGCUUUCCCAAUGUCUCAAUCCUACGCUACCGAGCGUGCAUCAGAAGGCUCUGGAAGUCUAUGCAGUUGCCUUCACAAUCCUAGGCAAAAACGGUCUUUCCCGCGAGCUUUCUCUCUAUCUGCCUGGUUUAUCGCCCUUGCUUUCCUUUGCUUCUUCACUUGUCAGACCUCAUCUUCUAUCUUUAUUCGAGACGUACAUAAUACCGCUUGAUGAUGCAACCCUUCGACCUGCCCUCAGAGCAAUCAUCCUGGCAUUGCUCCCAGGCCUAGAAGAAGAUUCCAGUGACGAUUUUGAAAGGACUCAUCAGCUGCUCGAUAGACUCAGAAAUGUCUUCUCCAAGUCCAGCGUAGGAGAUGGAGAGGUCAUUGACACUCAUGGCGACCGCUACUUUUGGCAAAGCCUUUUCCUCGUGUCCAUCACAAGUGCUAACAGAAGGCCUGGCGUCCUUGCUUUCUUGAUUCGUAACCUACCAAGACUCAACGCUAUAAGCCACGGAUACGGCAGCAUGCCAGCAUCGGAAAACGAUGACCGUGGGAACCACACCACACAACUUGCGCCCCACAUCGAGGCUGUUACUUCACCGGAGCCAGGCUUACUCAUACGAUGCUUCUGCGCAGGCCUUCAAGAUGACCAUCACUUAACACAAAGAGGCUUUCUCGACCUCCUGACUACUCACUUGCCGCUGAAUGCGGAAGUGCUACAUCAGAGGGUGAGUCCUCGCGACGUCGAGAUACUGAUUGGGGCGGCGGCCUCAGUCGUGAUACGCAGAGAGAUGAGCCUGAACAGAAGACUUUGGGUAUGGUUACUUGGACAGUCUGCUUCGUCUGAAACAGAUCAACAGGACGCUCCUGGAGCUCGUCGCUUGCCCACUGAGGCGCAAGCACGUCUGCCUUCGCCAGUCGUCUACUUUGAAAAUUUUGGCCUUCGACCGCUAGUCAAUUUCCUCCUACAUGCAAUGACAGACGCUUCGCAAACACCGACAGUCAAAGCAAGACCUUUGCGCAUCUGUCUAUCUCUAAUGGACCGGUGGGAAAUUGGGGGCCUUGUGGUUCCAAUGAUAUUUCGGCCUGCCAUGGAAGACGUCUAUAGCUUUAAAUUGACCGCUCCUUCACCCGAGGCUUUCUCAGAGGUUCUCCGUAGUGCUAAUGUGUUUUUUGAUGCUAUCCAGAGCCGAUUGAUAUGGCGAGAGAUGAUUGCCUUGCUUCUCGAAGCUCUAGACCAGCCUAGACACAGAGACGUCUUAGAGCAAAACGAAGAAGCUGAAAAGCUUCUGCAGCUAUUCUGGUUUGUGAUCACAACGUUCAACAUACGUGAAGAAGAAAUGUUAACGGACCAUCUACCUAACGCUCUUGCUAUCCUUAUCGUCUCUUUGAGCCUUUCUACCAUUCAGACUGCAACAUCAGCACAUCUCCGCGGUGAGCAUAGGUAUCAGCUAAUCUUGAAGAUCUGUACCUAUCUCAUCGAUAUUGUUCCUGACCAUACCUUCAUAUCGCGAAAGUUGGGGCAAGAGCGACGUGAGCCAACACAGGCAGUGACUGAUACCGAUGAAGACAUAAUUCAAAGAAUUCGUAGCUCCUAUGGAAACCCGAACGAAGGCAAAAGCCACAGUGAGCGAUCCUUCCAAGCAAAAGAAAUGGGAGAUAUACUGGUCCUACGUCUGACCAACUUAAUCUUGAUGUUCCUCGAUGAACCAAAGGUCUUGUCACAACUAAGUGCUGGAUUGUCACUUUUGACGAAAUUCAUGUCCAAAACAAUGACUGCUGAAAAUAUUGAUACGGAAUCAAUGCUCUCAAAUCUCGUCAUGACAACCAACAGUCAGCUGGUACCCAGUGCAACGAAUUCAUUGGUAUUUUCCCAAACAUUAGGUCGGAUUGCAGUGCUAGAAUUCAUCUGCUCAGCAAUGGACAGCAGAAUUUGGCAGUCCCAUCCUCUUGUUCGAGAGAUGCUUGUGAAGAAUAUCCGGUCAUUAUGGCCGUUUGUAAGCCCUUUGUACCCGAAACAUAAUGUUGAAGCGGUGAGAGGCCUUUGGAGACUGCAUCGUAUCUGUUUGAAUUAUCAAUUGGCUGAAGCUGCCAUCACGAGUCUACUUCAUGAAGAGCCUGAUGGUACUGUGGGUCGGAACGUCACCAUGGAAGGUGCUCGCUGUUUCGCCAUUAUCUGGACGCAUAGCGUGACCUCAAGUCGUCAAAUACCUUCACAACGACCGGACCCUAAGAAACGGAGUUCUCUUUCAGAAUCCCGUUUGGAAACAUAUAUGCAGGAGCCCGAAGUGUUGGCGCGACCGUUGUUCAUCCUGCUUGACAAGCUGAGGGAGCCUCAUACAGAAGUUGCUAGAUUUGUUCGCACUUGGUUGAAAUCAAUGCCAAACAUAUCACCAUUGUUAGAUCUAAUCAUUGCACGCUUGAACAACUCCCUGUGUGUUCUAAGCCCAGAACUAGCAUCUGCGGACAAUUCAAUGUUCCAAAAUUACGCUCAUCAGGCAAAAGUCACAACCUAUUACGUACGACUCAUCGCCAGUAUUAUAGACUUGGAAUCACAGAACGUCCCAUCAGCGCUCUCUACGCCCAUCCCAUUUAUAGACGCUAUGAGGCCCCAUCUCCUAUUACAAAUGACUUCUCUGCUGAAGGAAUCGCACACUGAAGGAAAUGUUGACCAGCUUCCAGCAAAGGAAUAUAUAGCCCAAGUCUGUGCAGCGACCUUGAGAAACUGUGUUUCCGAGCGGCAGGAAGGUAACGAAGAUGUACUAAUUCUUCAACAGGAUUGCUCAAUGUUACUACAACUUCUCCUUCCUUACGUUGCGGCAAAUUCUGCAAUCCUUGGGCAUAUUCAGAAUGUACUUGUUGAAAUUCUUUCCUGGGCUGUCGAUCAAUCUCAAGUGCAGCUACAGUACACAUUGAUUGAGAACCUUGUCUUGAGCUUACAGAGAAGACUUGAAGACCCGGAGGCCCUGAUUGCCUCAUCUAGAAGAUCUCAGUCCAAGGAACGUCAACGAAGUACCCUACAUCUUCAGAUGCCCUCGAAGCCUCAAGAGACCACUAUGUCGCUCUCAAAUGACUCCCAUUCCGACUCGCCGUUAAUGGAUUGCUUGAUGCUUGGUCUCCGCUCGCGGAAAAGUCAAGCAACACUUGAGCAAUGGCUCCGCCUGCUGGAAACAUGUCUCGCAGUAUACGGCUCUAACACCCUUCAAAUCUUGCUGCCUUUGGUCGGCUGCAUCACCUCUAGUAUUGAGUCACUUUUCCAAGAGAUGGCUGCUCAUGUUCAACACUCAAAGUCGGAGCAGCCGUUGAACAGUGAUCCGCUUCAAUCGCUCAACUUACGGUUGAACGCCCUGGAGCUCGUGCUAUCGAAAGGGCAUGACCUGGCGUUGAAGGAGGAGAUCAAGUCCCCUUCUUUCAAAUCGCCCGAGCAAAAUCAGGGUUUCUUUGGCACAAUGGUUUCAGGUGUUCUGGGUGGCGAAGCUUAUAUGACAAGAUCAGCUACUGCAAAUAAUUACCUGACUGUGCUACUUUGUUUUCGGGAUGCUAUAAAAGGGUCUUUCCGGAUUUGGUCUUGGGAAGACGAAGAAAAUAAAUCCUCAUCCAAAGACACCAUAUCUUCAGCGACAUUCAAUUACAUGUCUGUAAGGUUACGUAAUAGGACUAGGAGGGUGCUCGAACACCUUUUUUCAGCAGAAACUUUGGAAUCUGUUGAGAUGUUGAUUGAAAUCUGGAAGGAGAAGCCAACAAGAGGAGGUAAGGUCCUGGAUCUCCUGCAUACCCUAGAGGCAUCCCGACCCAAACACACAAUGCCUGCCAUCUUCAACGCACUCUAUAGCAGGACAAACUCUUCAGUCCUAGAUCCUGCACGAAAGUCUACCCUAACAUCCGAUCUCUCGGACAUUCAGCUUGCUACUUUCUUAGUUGUAUAUACUGAGUCAAUGGACGAUGACGCUCUGGAUGAGGUAUGGACGGAUUGUAUGACUUUUUCUAAAGACGUACUGGGCAAUCCAAUGCCGCAGCGGCAAAUAUUACCGCUUUUACUGGAAUUCAUUGCUGUAUUGGGCGGGAAGAUAAAUAAUACCAACUUCGGCGAGCAGCGGCGCAUGGGCAAAGAUAUUGGGGACUUAUUCGUACGAAUGCUUGCUGCGAUAUUUACGACCAAGCCGCUUUCACUCUCCGUAGACGAGACUAACACGAUUGCAGCCGGGUCUAAGAGACAAGGCGGUAGAGAUAGCAAUGAAAGUCGACAUAUCUCUUUCAGUAAUGAUACCGUCAAUAUUCUUGGCGCUGUACUACCAGGAAUGACCAAAUUAUUAAUCGAUACGGAUCGCAUUGGUGCGGUGGCGUCAACGAUAUCGCUGCAAAUUCUUAUACCAGCCUUUCACUGGAAGACAUUUCCGCAGAAUAUCACCUCUCGUAUUCUCGGCAUCAUGCAAACCGUGUCUCGCAUUCCAGAAGUCUCAAAGACAUGGAGGAAAGAUGUAGCUGAAGCUUUCAAUGAGCCAAAAUUUUUCUCUCCGUCGACGCUUCACCUCGUUGAAUCAGGUUGGAUGCCGAUCUUGCGCCAGUGGACGCUACUAGAUCGAGAGCGAAUGACAGACUUACUCUCUCGUCUGACGCCGCCAACGUCAGCUGGAAUUAUGUUCGGCGUCGGUGCUUCAUCGGCAAGAUUGGAGGCCGACAGAAAAGCGCAGGUCAAUCUGCGCCGAGUCACAUUGUUGGUUCUUGCAGCUGAUACCGAUGCUUUCGUUCCAAAUAUGAAAAUGAUGGAAGACAAAUUGACGGAAUUACUCAACGCGACAGCAGCAUCGUCGCCCUCCUCGGUGACUCGGGCAGAAAUUUAUAUGGCUCUCAGAGCAAUCAUCCUGAGAAUAUCAACCGUGCAUCUAGCUUCCUUCUGGCCGACGAUCAAUUCGGAACUCAAAGAUGCACUCGGAGCAAUAGGUCACAUCAUGAGUCGUGAAACUUACAAUAUCACCAGCAUCUUGCAGGCUGCUAAAUUGCUCGACACCCUUCUCAUCCUGGCGCCGGACGACUUCCAAUUACGCGAAUGGCUCUAUAUCACUGAUAGUAUCGAUGCUGUGUACCGCCCCGCCGACUGGAAACCUGUAGCUUUGGUCGACGAGCUGGCGGAAGUAUUGGGCAAUGAGGCGAGUGCAGUUCAUAGUGCUAGAAUCCAUUUUGCGGGAGACAGACCGAAAGGCCUUCGUAAGCCUCUACUCAAAUGGGAAGAUUCGCAGUCCAUCCCACGAGAAAAGCUUCUGGACCGGAUUCUCAAGCCCUUUCUACGGCAGCUGAGCAUCAAUGCCUUCGAGGCUACAUAUGAGAUGGAAGUUCCGGAUAGGAAAGCAUGUUGCGACGAAUUGUUGAGGGACUUGUUUGAUGAUACCACGCUCGUAUGA